AUGCACAACUUCUGGUAUCUUCCCGUUUUCCUCAAAUGGAUGCUGAGUACUAAUGCAUAUUGUCAAGCACCACCCGAAGAUAGCGCCACACUUCAAGAGCCCGAAAUCGGCAGAUCUUCGAUAGACUCUUUCCCCACACGCACAGAUCAUGCCUCGCAUGACCUGUCUAUCUGUGCAGAUUCUCCACAGGACGCUAGCACUAGCCCUUCCUGUGCGAGCUACCUGCAUUUCUCCUUACUCCAGGAGGAAUACCUUAUUUCAAGCUUCUUCGAUAUUGUCCAGGAUGCGAAUCCUAUCUUCUCGAAAGAACGGUUUCUCCGUCGCUAUCACAGCUCGCUAUGCAGCCAAGAUCUCAUCUUGACGAUGGCCAUCAUUACUGCAAAACUGACCCAAUUUGCGGGGUAUGAUGACGGAAAACAUUUAGAUGCCGGGCUGGACUCUCUCCUUAGCUCAAGCUUGCUAGACGAUGACCUGAUCGGAGACGCCCCGUCACUUGAUCAGUUCCGUAAAGCCUAUCUACUAGCCUUCUACGAGUUCCAUCAAUUCCCGGGACACCACUCAUGGCUGCGUAUCGGUAGGGUGACGCGCAUGGCCUACCGUAUUGGCCUGGACCGACUUGACUAUAUCCGCGUACUCUACUCCGACUGGAGCACGGUUAGCGAUGAAGAUAUUCACGAAUGGCGAGCGCUAUGGUGGCGUAUCUACCGACUCGACACAUACUCCAAUCUCGCCUCCGGAACACCGUAUCUAAUUGACGACGUGGUCAUCAAUACCUCCUUUACCCUCAGACGGACGGAGGAUGAUCUCUCGCAAGAAAUCUUCCUACCUUUUAACUCGGACGGUCUAUCUGAAAUCCUUCCCUCCAUCACAUCAGACACAGAGACCUUACUAAACAACAUCCACACCGUCACGAUCGCCACCAUGCGCAAGGCCGGUCUAGUCAUCCGCAUGCACCUGCUGCGAUGGCAGGAUGGGAUAGUGGCACAAGUCGCCAAUGUCGAGCGACAGCUAGCUACGCUUCGUCUUGCCCUUCCACUGGGCUGGCUCAACCUCCGACGCAACGCGUUCGCUAACGAGAAACCCGUCGACCACCAUGCAAGGCUAAUCACUGUCUUCCAUCUGCGGAUGGCACAAUUGCUCCUUUCAGUUGUGGAAUGCGGCCAACGACGAGCAGAUGACUGGCUGUCAAGUUGGCAGCGCAUUCUUGAAGCGUGUCAGGACAUUGCUUCCUUGGCAGGUCAAUGGGACAGUGCCUUCUGCCUCACAGUGGAUCCGGCAAUCACGUUUACCAUUUUCACGGCGCUUAUCUUCCUCCAUCUUCAAAGGAAGUCGAACACGAUUUCAGAUGAAAGUGUCCGUUCUAGUAUCAACCAUGACAUCACCGUUCUUCAUUUACAGCUCAAGCAUUUUGGCAGCAUCUGGACGCAGGCGAGGCUGCUUACUCUGUCGUUCGAAAGCUUCAGUGAAUCCGUGUCUGGGCCGCUUGCCUACAGUCAUAUUAACCUGAUCCUGUCGCGCUUCGAGGCGCCGCUGCAUCCGAGAUGGUUGCAGUUUCUUUCGUCGGCUCGGUCUGCUCUUGAGGAUCUUCAAUGA